CGGGGAGAGCGACCAGAACUUAUAAAUGUGCCGCGCGUCAGUUCACGGGGAAGUCAGCACCAUCCAGGAGAAGGGUACACCUCGCCUCUAGUCAUGCAACUUAGUAUUUUACUGAUUUCAUAAUAUGGCGCUGUACCAUGAGGAAACCAGAAGCCCCCCAUUUAAGCGGAGAGUCCUGAACUUCAAGCUACUGGUGGCGUCAUCGGCUGGCAACAAAGAUGAGGUGAUCCGUUUGGUGGGAGAGGAUGGCGCGGAUUUACACUAUAAGGACUCGGAUGGAAACACAUGUCUACACUAUGCGGCAAAUGCUGAGAAGCGCUCUCAAGAAGUCAUUACCCAGCUUUUAGACCGAGGCGCAAACAGGAGUGCUGAGAACAACAAUUGUGAGACGGCGCUUGACAUAGCCUUCCAAUCAAAAAAUUAUGAUUCCAUGCAACAAAUUAUUACAACACUAUACGACGACGCCGGUCAACUAUUUGCAGAUAACACAAAACUGCAGCAAAAUAUUGGAGGUCAACAUGACCAUAUGGGAGAGAAGCAGGAGUUUGACUUAUUUGAUGCGACACUUCAUUGCAGAUACGAUUACAAAUAUAUGAGUGAGAUUGAUAUGUUGUUAAAAUUUCUCUGGGCCCCUUGUAUUUCAACCGAAGUUGACGUUAGACUCUAUGUAAUAUUUUAUAUGAGUUUAGACAAGAAGAAGUUCAUACGUCUGAGCGUUACUGACAGUCAAACGACACUCCUUACAUCCUGGACCACAGUUGACAAUAAUAAAGACCAAGUCGAGGGGGGACGAGAUAAGUUUAUCGAGUUUUUAAGUGACGACAAAGAUGACCCUAUAACCUCGGCUAUUGCAAAGGCCAUCAUUGUCUCUGAUUGGAUCAGAGAUAAAAAUAAAUCAAAGAAUUUGAACACAGGUCAAUUGCACGAUCUAGUGUCAUCAUUCAAAUUUAGCCAUAUUGAGUGGAGAGUUUUUUUUGCAAAUGUCCUAAACGAAGUAAAAAGGACAACCAAAAAAGCUAAGAAAUGCACAGACUUUCUUCGCGGGGCGCAAAAGGGUAUGUCCUUCAAAACAGCAAAUGCAAUUCUAUAUUCCAUAGAAACUUUUGCGGUACAGGAUACCUACUGUGCUACUAUCCCAAUGCCAAAGGACCAAACAGAUCUAUUAAAACGUUGUAAAAAGGCGUACUUCAAAAGAGUUUACAAUGCUGUUUUUAGACAGAAGAAUGUGGUUGAUGUAUUGUCUACCUUUGCAACGCUGCGGCAACACAUUUUGAAAAAAUCUGGACUCUUCCAAAUUUCCCUUGACACGUUUAGAAGUUUCAUCGAGGAUAAGCUAAAAAUGAAAAUGGAGCAAUUUUUAAGUGCAAUGAGUGACUUUGCUGAAACCGUAGAGAAGAAUCUUCAAAUCAGGCCAGGCCAGGCGAAUCACAGAAUACUGCAGCAAGAAAGCCAAAAUGUGUUCAAAGUUUUGAAACAAAAUGCAGUGCAAUUUGGCUCGGCUGAAAGAUACACAACACCAACAGAAAUUUCUGAUUCAAUCCGUAAGUUUUGUGAGAAUGUAGAUAAAUUGAGCGAAGAACCUUCUCGCCUUCAGAAAGUCGUAUUCGAUUUGCUCGUGAAUGUCUUCCCCAGACUAACCGAAGAGAAAAGCCCACUUGGAGGUCGAUUGAGUCAGUUGAGAAAUAGUAUUAUGCAUGAUUUUCAAAACCUCACUGCCACUCAAGUAAGUCAGAAUAUACCAUCCGCAGUUAUUGAUAUGUACAGAUAUGAACUGGCACUAAACAUGUCUGAGGUUCUCAAGUGUUUUAGGAAUGACGAAGACUUCCUUGAUCUUCGAACGGAUUUAUCUUCUGUCAUUGAGAAAACUGGAAAACAUUAUGCAAACCUUCGCUUAUACACUUCUAAAGGGACUGGACACCUUUCUGAUGCUUACGAUUCGGCUUGGAUCGAAAAGGAAAUAUCUAAAAUAGUUAGCACGUACGUCAACUGUCUGGCUCCAAUUUUAGACUGCAGUGACCAUAAAGAUGAAGAUAUAGUGCAUUCUCUGCCGGAGUUAAGUAGUCUUCAAAAGAGAGAGAUAUUUGAAAAAUGGUGGGCUGUGCAAAAAAUUUCAGGAGAUACGGAAGAGAAACGCCGUCUUGACAAGUCAUUAUGUUCUGAUUACAUGGAGAAACUUGGUUUAAGCGAACUGGCAGCGCAAUUAGCAGUACUAUCCAGUUUUACCAGUAUUAACAAUUCAGCAAACAUUACACUGGAAGAGGAAAUAAAAAACGAAGUAAAUGGACUCUUGCAUCUUUCCAUUUUCGGUAAAAAUCACAUAUCAACACGAUAUGUUAUUGUUUUGUUUGAGUACUUCAUGAAUGAUAAAGAUUCUUUUAACAGACACAUAGGACAGAAUGACAUAAGCCCACAGACGAGAAUACUCAUUGAAGAAAGAUUAAAGUUGAUACUGAACAAUCAACAAACAAAGCAGGUGGAAUGGGGUCAAGGAAAAUUAGUCGAGGUCAACAAGUCUGCUAUUGUUUUGAACAUACUUAAAAUUUUAAACGAAGUAGAACGGGCAUACCAACUAAAAUACGAAACGGUUUCAUCGGCGUUAGAAGACCCAGCAUUUGUGUUAUAUUUGGUUGACAUAGAAGUCAAACAAAAUGAUGCAGGUGUCACACAUUGUGUCCUCCAAAAUCCUUUUCGGAUAAACCGCCUGGCAAGAGAGUUACCUCGCAUUGAUUUUAUGGCUCCUUUCUUGGCCGCUAUUUUGGCCAAGACGGGUGACCUGCAUGUCUUUGACCACAAUUCCCUUAAUGUUUUGUUAAAAACUAUACUGCAGGGCUCUGCUGACAUUUCAUAUGUAGGAUCUUUAAUUAGCCUACUUAAUGACAGAGUGACACAGAUUAUGUUCGAUAUCAUAGUGAAAGAAGAUGUAGGCAAGGAGAAAGCUCAAUUUGUGCUGACAGAAAUUACUCUUAACGGAGACCUUGAAAAAUGCAUAAAAAGACUAGAAAUUACAAGAAAAUUGGAAGUAAGUAACAUAGAGCUGAGAAUUGCGUCUCUAGCCAACGAAGCAGUUCUUGAAAAACUGUAUGCACAGAAGUUAGACCACGCAGAAACAUUAAUCAAUGAAGUGACAUGGUCUCUAGCACAGAUACGCCUUGCACGAACUAGCUUACUCACAACGGAUUCACCGGGUAAAGCAAUUAGACGCACCUCCUGCCCAAGUUAUCCUUUCUACGGCGGAGACGAGGUGCUAAAUAUUUCACAUUCUCGCAACGCUGUACAUAGCGGAGAAUACCUUAAAGAAGGAACUUUGACCGAUGAGACGAGCACAGAAAGGAUUUUGUUUGGUGACAAUAAUAUCAUUAUUGGCCUUAACUUGUUAAAAGCCAAGCUUUACAACGCUAGAGGGGAACAAUUGUGUAAAUGCGCACAGUUCAAACAACGUCAGGACUGCGAAGGUAAAAAAAAAUUUCAGCAGGCUAGAAGCAUACUCAAAAAUAUUCGAGAUUCAUUUCAAGGCCAAGGAAACACUACGAGAAAUUACAUGCUAGCUUUGUCAAGGUCUGCGCACACUGCUCUUAAAUUAAGGAAAUGCGAACAUGGAGGAGUAGAAUUUGUUAAGGAGGCCCUCACCUAUGAGAAAGAAAUAUGGCGUGUUCUGUGGCGCACCAUUGCAAUGAGCGAUGAACCACCCCCAACAGAUUGCCUUACCUUCCUAAAUAGAGCCGAUGGGUCGAAGAAGUACAAGGCGCUUAUGGCGGAUACAGAAUUUUGGAGGUAUUUAAAUGUUGAAAAGGUUUGGAAAAACAUAGCACACCACAAAGCGCUUCUUGGGAGUUUAUUAAACAAAACAGUCUAUAUCGAGAGAGCUACACAAAUGUUGCGCGAACAUUUAGCUUUAUGUGCAAAACGGACAGACCUCUACACAACCUUUCUACGAUCAAAACUUCACAAACACCUUUCUUCUAAUUAUAGAAUCCUUGCCAAAAUCAGUCAAAAUCAAGACAAUAGAAUUAGCUAUUUUUAUCAAGCUAAACGACUUGAAUUUAUCCUGAUCCACUACAAGUCAGGUUUAGGUUGGUAUAAUAUAGAUUCAGACCACACCAAAUAUUGCUCUGAUAACGCAAACAAAGCUAUUAAGUCCUUAAGAGCAAUAGAGAAGUACUUAACUUUUGAAACAGUGGACAACUCUUAAGAGUAUUGGGUGUAUUUUUUUUUAAAUGUUUUCUUUUGUCUGAUUUGGAUUUUGCCCCACCACUUUAGUAGUUUUGUGUAUGUAACUUGUUGAGGUUAAAAGUGUAAACCAAACUUUAUGAAAGUUAGUUUUGUAUGUUGUAACACUGAUACUGUAAAGAAGAAGAAAAAUAAAACAUCUCUGUGCCCAGUU